AUGAACGGCCCAUGGAGUCCAGUCGACCAUUCGACCGAGAACGGGAUGGUUUUGUCAUUGGAGAAGGAGCCGGAGUUGUGGUUCUCGAGGUACGCGAUCGCUGUGUGCAAGGUUGCCGUACCUGUCGUAUCUAAUCAGGUGCAGGAACUCGAGCACGCAAGGAAGCGAGGUGCGAACAUCUAUGCUGAAGUCGCCGGCUACGGACUGUCCAGCGACGCACACCACAUGACGGCACCUCGCGAAGAUGGCCAAGGUCCACGUCUCGCAAUGAAGCAUGCACUACGACAUGCCGGCCUCAAGCCAAGCGCUGUCGACUACGUGAACGCCCAUGCGACGAGCACCCCACUAGGUGAUGCUGCGGAGAACCGAGCCAUCAAAGAGCUUCUGCUUGGCGAAGACGGAAAGGAUAGAGCUUGUGAAAUCAAUGUGAGCAGUACAAAAGGUGCGGUCGGACAUCUUCUGGGUGCUGCAGGGAGCGUGGAGACAAUUUUCACGAUUCUUGGGAUGCAUCACCACUGGCAUACGCCACUGAUCUCGACAGCAAUCCUCUCAUACACUCUGGGCUUGCGCCAUGCCCUGGAUGCAGAUCAUAUUUCGGCGAUCGAUCUCAUGACUCGCCGUCUGGUUGCUGCAGGCCAGCGGCCAGUGACGGUUGGAAUGUUCUUCAGUCUCGGACAUUCUACCAUCGUCAUCAUCACGUCGCUCAUCGUUGCAGGAACUGCAGCGGCUGUGUCAGACAAGUUUGACAAUUUCGAGCGUGUCGGUGGCAUCAUUGGCACUUCAGUCUCUGCUGCUUUCUUGUUGCUCCUUGGUCUUAUGAACAUCUACAUUCUGUACAAGCUCAUAGUACAGAUGCGAAAGAUGGUUUCGAGCGACCCUGGUAGUGAGCACGAACAGUUCAAGAUACAGGGCGGCGGUUGCCUCUUCCCGAUAUUGCAGAAGCUCUUCAAGUUGGUCGACCGACCCUGGAAGAUGUAUCCUCUGGGUGUACUUUUCGGGCUAGGUUUCGACACUUCUUCCGAGAUCGCUGUCCUAGGAAUAAGUUCGAUUCAAGCCACGAAGGGGACAUCAAUUUGGCUGAUCUUGAUCUUUCCACUGCUCUUCACAGCAGGCAUGUGCCUUCUCGAUACCACCGAUGGUGCGCUGAUGAUGAGUCUGUACACAAGCACGCAACUUGCGCGCGACCCGAUCGCCAUUUGCUACUACAGUAUUGUGCUAACAGUCAUUACCGUGGUUGUCGCGACCAUCAUCGGGACAGUGCAGUUCCUCAAUCUGGUGCUCAACGUUGCCGAGCCGCAUGGCAAGUUUUGGGAAGGCGUCGAAAAGCUGGGCGAUGCUUGGGAUAUAGUUGGCGGAGCUAUAUGCGGUACAUUCAUCGUUUUCGGUGGUCUCAGUGUUCUGCUGUACAAGCCUUGGAGACGUCGCAUCGAUAGGAAAAGAGUCAACAAUGCGCACUUUGAGCCAUUACCCCAGGAAAAUGAUGUGCCCGGCUCCGACGAAGAGCACAACCGAGGGAUCGUCCCAUCGAGUACGUAA